AUGACUAAUUUAUCGAAGAAUAUGAAUCUUCGUGAAUCAUUUGGUUUUCCAUCAAUCGAUGCAAUUACCGAUCAAUCUGAAUCAAUUUAUAAUAGUUCAAUGAAUGGUACAUCAGAUGCAUUAGAUAAUGAAUUUGGACUUAGUAAUGAAAUUAUGCGACUUUUAUUUAUUGCUAUUACUACAAUAACUGUACUCGUCUGUCUUACCAUAUGUAUUUCUGCAUGUAUUUGCAUUUGUCUCAAUCGACGUCGUAAUUUAAAACGUCAAGAAAAAAAAGAUCAUCUUCUUAUACCUGAACAAUCCGAGAAAAUAUCUGACACUAAGUUAUCCUUGACAAAUCCAUUAUCAAAACAUAUAAAUUUAACUCUAUCAUCUAAUAGUAAACCGGAAUCGGAGAAAAAAAUUUUACCUUCUUCUAUUCGAAAAUCAUCGUCAAAUCUAAUUAAUGGAAAUACACCAAUGAUAUCUUAUUAUUAUGAUAAUCUUGACGAUAUUCCGUUUAUUGAUGAAUCACGACCAACAAGUUAUAGCGAUAUCACACGAGUUUAA